AUGCGACUGACAAAUAAAGUGUUACAGUAAGUGAAAAAGAAUCUACACAACAAUCUUUUUACAGUACUGCCCUUAACUACGACGUCGCCGUCGUUGGUGGAGGUAUCGUGGGAUGUGCUACAGCCAGACAGCUCAAAUUGGACAGACCUAACUUGAAGAUCGCUUUAUUAGAAAAGGAAGAUCAACUGUGUAAGUAUUUCUUUUUUGUUUAUGUUUAGGUGUAUAAUAAUAGGUGAUUGGCAAUGAAGGUUUGAGGUUUCUUUAAAUUAAUUAAUUCUAAAUUACAAUGAGUGGUGUAACAUUAUUCACAUAUCAAUUGUUGAAAUUUAAACAAUCUAAAUACGUUUUAAACCCUAUUUGUUCCUUUUUCCUGGCCAAACGCACUAAACUGGCCUCAAAUGUUUAUUCAGCGCUCCGCUGAAUACUAAAUUAUGGGAACGGGAUACGUAGAAUAAUAUUGUAGUAAAAUAAAUUUAAAAUCAAAUAAAAAUGUAAUUAACUUCAGCCAAACACCAAUCAGGAAACAAUUCUGGAGUUCUCCACGCUGGCAUCUACUAUCAGCCAGGCAGUUUGAAGGCCAAGUUGUGUGUCCAAGGAAUCGACUUGGCCUACGAUUACAUCGAGAAGAAGAACAUACCUCACAAGAGGUGUGGAAAGUUAAUUGUUGCAGUCGAUAAUAGCGAAAUUGCCAAUUUAGAUGUAAGUUUUUAAUUGAUAUUAUAAUUGGUUUUGUAGUAAUACAGUAACAUUGUAUGUGGUUAAUUGGCUAUAAAUGAAAUUAUAUUGAAGAAUUUUCUAUUCAUUUGUAUUUUACAGUGAACUUACAGUAAUCUUUCAGAAACUGUACGAAAGAGCUCAACAAAAUGGCUGUAAAGAUAUCUCAAUGGUUGGUCCAGACAAAAUCAAGGAAAUCCAGCCAGCUUGUAGAGUAAGUACAUGCCAAUUACCUUUAACCAUACAAUAAGAGCUCAAAGACAACUCUAGCAUGAAUAACAUAUUAUUUAUAAACAACUAUAAUAAUAUCGUAAUUUGCACGACAGACCUGACACUGUCCCUUAUAGGGAGUAAAGGCGUUAUGGUCACCGUAUACGGGUAUAGUUGACUGGAAAGUGGUUACACUGAGCUACGCAGAUGAUUUCGUUGAAGCUGGAGGGUCGGUCUACACUCCAUUUCCAUUGACCGACAUCAAGGAAAGUGGAGAUCCAAAGUAUCCGAUUCGGAUCGAGAGUGGCAGAGAUGAGGUAGGUUCAUUUAUAGGUGUUACCUUUCGGACAGGUAGUUCUUAGAAUCCUUUACUCAAUCAGUUAUCAAUGAUUUUACUUAACGACUAGCCAUAGUGAAAGCAUAGUUUUAGAAGACAAUCCACGCUUCCCAAGUCAUCACUUGUGCUGGACUUCAGUCCGAUCGUGUCGCUCAGCUGACUGGCUGCAAAGCGGUACCAAAAAUAGUACCAUUCAGAGGAGAGUAUUUGUAUUUAAAGCCGGAAAAGCAUCACUUAGUUACCACAAAUAUUUACCCUGUAAGUUCAUGACUGAUAUGAAGGGAACUAAUAACUAUAAAUUAUUCAUUACCAAUCGCAUGGUACUUUACUACCCAUUUAGGUGCCAGAUCCAAGAUUCCCAUUCCUCGGCGUUCACUUUACUCCCACCAUGAGAGGAGAAGUACUACUAGGACCAAAUGCUGUACUAGCGUUCAAACGAGAAGGCUACAGUUACUUUGACUUUUCGUUGAGAGACUUCAUCGAUGCUGUGAGCUUCGCGUAAGUUUUUAGGUUAACAUUGUUAUGAGAUUGAUUUGCAUUUCUUUGUGAUUCUUAUAUUAACGAUAUACGUAAAGUAUGACUAAAAUAUCAAAAAGGCAAGAAAUAUUUAAAAAUUUAAUUUCCAGAGGAAUGCAACGUCUGAUGGUAAAAUACGCAGGCUUCGGAAUGGGCGAAAUGUACCGUGGUAUCUUCUACAACGCCCAAGUCAAGAAGCUACAACGUUACAUUCCCGAAAUCUCGCACAGUGACGUUACCCGAGGUCGUGCCGGAGUUCGUGCCCAAGCUUUAGAUGCUACUGGAGCACUGGUCGACGAUUUCGUAUUCGACGACGGUGUAGGACCUCUGGCUCCACGCCUACUACACAUUAGAAACGCACCGUCACCAGGUGCUACCAGCUCGAUGGCUAUCGCCAAAAUGGUGGUCGAUAAAGCGGUCGAAAAGUUUAGUUUGUAG